CACAGUAAGUUGUACAGCUUUCCAAAAUGGCUGUGCGUUUGUUUGAGGGUAAAGAGCAUGCAUACUCGUACUGGAAAUACCGGAUAUCUCCUUCUGAAGAGCUCAUCAGUAAGAUUCUGCAAUUCCUUAAGAGUAAUAAAGAUUCACCUUAUGAGCUGGCAGUGGAUGUUGGAUGUGGCUCAGGGCAGGGAACACCGCUUUUGGCCCCACAUUUUGCUGGUGUAGUGGGGACAGAUAUCAGUCCUGGUCAACUGGAGGUGGCAAUGAAGCAUGUUUGCAGUUUAAACGUAUCUUACAGGGAGUGUACAGCUGAGGAUCUGCUUUUUGAAGAUGGCUCUGUAGAUCUUGUGGCGGCCAUGUCUGCAUUCCAUUGGUUUGACCGUUCACGUUUUCUUCAGGAGGCUCACAGAGUGCUAAAACCUCAUGGCUGCCUCACACUUCUUAACUACACCAUGGACAUGGAGCUAAGCUAUGGAGACUGUUCAGAGACUUUAAACCAUAUCUGCAAAGAGUUUUAUGCUGCCCUACUGCCUUACCGUAACCCUUACCAGAGUCCCAGCUCUGUGGAACUUUACAAGCAAACCUACAACUCCCUCUAGUAUCCAAUCAAAGAAUGGCAGGAGGCAUUUUGGGUGAGGAAAGCUGUCCCUCUCUCUGGCUACAUCGGCAUGGUGGAGUCCUUCUCCAGUUUUCAGGCACUCUUAAAUAAAGAUCCAGGAGAGGCCACGCGACUGUCACAGGACAUCACACAAAGACUGUUGUGUGCAAUGGAUGUGACAUCCACAGAGACUGAAGUCAUUAUGGGAGUUAAAUACUUUUACGUGUUAGCCUGCAAGCCUGCAAAAGACUGAUUUUUUAAAGCUGUAUCCAGCAAAGCUAAGCUGAUAUAAAACUGUAGUAAGACAAAAAAUUUACUUAAAAUUAUUAUUUUUUUUUUUUACUUUGAUCUUUCCACAU